GACUCCUUUGCAAACCUAAGAAAUUCUCUCAGGAAAAAGGAUGUGAAUGUCUCCAGUGGAAUUAGGUCAAACAGUCGCGACUCUUCGCCAUCAAAACGAGGGUACGAUACUCCAAGCCAAACUCUCCUCCGAAAAACCGACACAAAAACCACUCCUAACAGUUAUAACCGUGAUAGCCGUAGCUCCUCCCCAUCUAGGAAAAUAAAUGAGACUCCAAGCCAAACCCUCCUGCGAAAAACAGACUCAAAAUUAGCCACUAAUAGCUACAGUAAUAACAGCCGCAGCUCUUCUCCUUCUAGGAAAGGGUAUGACACCCCAACCCAGUCUAUCCUGCGAAAAACCGAUACAGGAAUCUCUACCAAUACCUCAAGCCGUGACAGCCAUGGUUCGGCCCCUUCAAGAAGAGCCUGUAAUACCCCAAGUCAAACUAUCCUGCGGAAAUCGGAGGCAAGAGGCACUUCUGGCAUUCAAGGCCAUAAUAGCCAAAUUUCUACCCCUUCCAGAAGAGUUGGGGAGCGACUGAAAAAAGACUCAAACAUGCCCUGCAACAGUCGAAGUCUCGACAGCCGGGGCUCAUCUCCCUCCAGGCUAGGUCAUAACACAUCAAACAAUUCCAUCCUACGUAAAACCGAGACGAAAAGUGUAGCAGGGAUUCAUGGUCGUGGCAGCAGGAGUCCCUCCCCUUCAAGACAAAGUCAUGAUUUGCCUCGUCCAUCAUUUCCACCUAAAACCAGGGCAAACAGCUUAUCUAAUACAACAGCCUACGACAGUCGUAGUUCGUCUCCUUCACGUAAAGUCUCCGAUACCAACCAGCCACCCCCGAGGAAAGCUACCGAUAUCAUUUGCAGACCGGGGUCAGUAUCCUCUGAAAUAAAGAAAACUUCUUCUCAAUCAAGUCCCUCUCCAGGCUCCUGGCGCAGCUCGUCAAACUCGCUCCACAGUCCCCCCAUCUCACGUAGCUCUUCCCCAUCCAGGAGGCAAGGUCAGGGACAACAUAUCUCCAAACCAACCUUCAUCACCUCUGAAGCCAACAGCAGGGGCGGCAGUAGGAACAAUAGCAGACAAAGGAGUCUGGAGCCCCAUACCCCCAGCCCAGAACAUCGACAGGCAUUUCAUCAUAACCCAGCUCUCUCCCCCCAGUCACAGCGGUACACUUCUUCCCAGAGUUCCCUGGAGUCUGAGUCCAGCCACCUCUCUGGGGGAUCAAUGUAUGUGGGGCUGAACAAGGAGGAGUAUGCUCUCAUGGCUGACCUUCCUAAGGUCAAAACAAUAUAUGAAAGGGAAGGUCCAGGGCAGUUUGGAAGAUCUCAGAACCAUGUCUUGGGAAAGGAGGAACUGUAUAAGCCUGCAAGUCACACCCAGACAAAGGAAGUCUACAGGGACCAGGCUGGGCUGGGUGAACGGGGGAAGGCGAAUGGAAGGGAAUGUGACCAGGGGCAGCGGCACAGGCAGGACAGAGAGGCUGGCCAGUUAACAAGAACCCAGUCCAGCAACUCUCUCCAUACACAGAGAUCAAGCAGUCCCUUACAAGAAGAAGGUAACCACUGGAAGUUACAGCUGAAACGUUCAACUGGACACUCUCAGGGGCUGCUUCCAGACAGAAAUGCCGGGAAUUGCCGCUCCAAAUUCCCGUCAGACGAAGCGCGUGAACAGGCAAGCAUCCCUGACCACACCGUCAUUGUUUUGCUGAGGAAGCGCAAGCUCCAGUAAAGGAUUCAUCAUUGGAAAGACCCACCGAUUAGUCUGUUAGUCCCCCUCCUUAGGGAACAGCUGUCGUAUGGUUAUGAUACGCAUCACUACACUCAGCUCAUACUGGCAUAUCGACGGGAUAUAGAUACGAUCGAGACACUUUUGAUACUAAAAAGAACAUUUCAAAGUAAAAUAUGUAUGCAUUGAGAUAGGGGUAAUGUACUUUCAGAUGUCCCUAGUUAGUGUUCAAAAGUCUAAAUGCUAAAUCACAGUUGAUAUAUUAAGAAUACAUUUACGAUAAAUUAUUUACUGAAAGAUAUCAAGUGUGUACCUGAGAGGUAAAUAGCCUUGCUAUUUCCAAUUUUUAGGAAGAUUAAGUGCUUGUUUUUUCAGUUUUAAUGGAGUGAUUGUAGUUAUUGCAUUAUUUAUUUUAGUAUAUUAGUUAUAUUGGCACUUGUCCCGCACUGAGGCUGUGUGAAUAGCCGUAACGGCUGAUGUCCCAGCGGCUAUCCCUGGCCCUCCGUCUCUUACGCAAUUAGUCAUCCUUCCCUUAGUUGGCAGGCCCUGAUACACGCGUACAUUUGUCCGAUAAAUUUGCCGCCAUUGUGCGUGUGAGCGUCCUGCCGAGAUACUCUGAUGCAUUAAUAAGAGAUGCCUUUAUAAAUGAAUAGUUUGACUCCUAAGAACGUGAAAGUGAUUAGUGCUGAUACGUUAAAAGGAAGACAGCACGGUCCAAUUAGCCUACUGU